AUGACUACUGUCAAGCAAACACAGUUGUGUCAUUAAACAAAUUUGUAAGUUAUAAAGCAGCAGUUAGAGGAAAAUAGCAAUUUAAAUACGCCUUUGUCAGAUAAUGGAGGCCCUAGUCAAUCUACUAUCGGAAACAUUGUUUAGUAAUUUUUUGACUGUAAAAUCUUUUGUAUCCAGAAAAUUCACGCCCAGAAUUAACUGUAAUGUGUCCAUUCAAACAAGAAGAAUUACCGUAAGCAGCUGUCAAAAAACAUCUACUCCUGUAAAUCGCACUUUAACAAUGAAAAAUAUUAAUCCUCAAAUUCCAGUAAUAGAAUAUGCAGUUAGAGGAGCAGUCCUCAUUCGGGCUACGGAAAUUGAAAAAGAACUCCAAAACGGUGUCAAAAAGCCAUUCACUGAAGUAAUAAGAGCAAACCUUGGUGACUGUCAUGCAAUGGGACAGAUACCCAUUACUUUCAUACGGCAGGUUCUUGCUCUUGUAACUUAUCCAAAAUUGUUUAACGAAGCUCAGUUUCCAUCGGACGCCAAAGAACGAGCUAAACAGCUUUUGGACGCAUGUAGAGGAAGUUCAGUAGGAUCCUAUACCGACUCUCCUGGUAUCGAACUUAUUAGAAAACAUGUAGCAGAAUAUAUCCAAAAACGGGACGGAGGUAUUCCUUCUGAUUGGCAGGAUAUUAUUUUAACUUCAGGAGCUAGUCCUGGUAUCAAAGAUAUUUUAAAACUGAUGAUAUAUCAAAGUAGUGGUUUAAAGUCAGGAGUCAUGACUCCAAUUCCGGAAUACCCUCUGUAUGCAGCAACUCUAACAGAAUAUGAUAUGAUCCCAAUUGGAUAUUACUUAGAUGAAUCGAACAACUGGGGUCUUGACAUGUCGGAAUUGCAGACGGCAGUAAAUCAAUCUAGGGCAUUUUCACAUCCACGAGCAAUUGUAGUUAUAAAUCCCGGUAAUCCUACUGGACAAGUACUGACCAAAAAUAACGUACAAGAAAUAAUCAAAUUUGCCUAUAAAGAAAGAUUGUUCAUACUUGCAGAUGAGGUGUACCAGUACAACAUAUAUGACCCGGAAUCACAAUUUUUUUCAUUUAAGAAAGUCAUGAAAGAAAUGGGUAAGCCAUACAGUGAAAUGGAAGUAGCCAGUUUUAUGUCAUGCUCUAAAGGUUAUAUGGGAGAGUGUGGCAUUAGAGCAGGAUUCGUAGAAAUUAUCAAUAUGGAUCCAGAAGUGAAAAAAAUGUUAUUCAAAGCAAUUACUACAAGUUUAUGUCCCACAGUUUUGGGACAAGUUACUACGGACAUUGUCGUAAAUUCACCGAAAGAAGGAGAGCCUAGCUAUAACCAGUUUAUCCAAGAAAAAACAACUGUUCUUGAAUCUUUAAGGAUAAAAGCCAAACUUAUAUCGGAAACAUUUAAUACAUUCAAAGGUUUUAGUUGUAACCCAGUGCAGGGAGCAAUGUAUGCUUUUCCACAAAUUAAACUUCCACCAAAAGCAAUUGAGGAAGCAGAAAAGCAGAAGAAACAUCCUGAUGUGUUUUAUGCUUUUGAUCUUCUAGAACACACAGGAAUAUGCAUUAUUCCUGGUUCUGGAUUUGGGCAAGACCCAGGUACUUAUCAUUUUCGGACCACUAUAUUAAUGCCUGUGGACAAGUUAAAAACAAUGUUAGAAAAAUUUAGAGAUUUUCAUACACGAUUUGUAGAAAAAUAUAGCUAGAACAUGUAAAUUUUAUU